UCAAAACAGGAGCAUAGGAGCAAAAAAUAAAGUAUGCCACCAAGUUCAAUCAGAAGAGCCCUUGGGGCAGUAAAAGAUCAAACAAGCAUAGGACUAGCUAAGGUUGGAAGCAGCGCGUCACUUGCCGACCUUGAUGUAGCUAUUGUGAAAGCAACGAGGCACGAUGAAUAUCCGUCUGAAGAGAAGUAUAUAAGGGAGAUUUUGAGCUUAACAUGUUACUCUCGGGCGUUCAUUAGUGCAUGUGUUAAUACGCUCUCAAGGCGUCUCAGCAAGACUAAAAGCUGGACAGUGGCUUUGAAAACUCUUGUUUUAAUUCAAAGGCUUCUAACAGAUGGUGAUCCUGCUUAUGAGCAAGAGAUAUUCUUCGCAACUCGACGCGGGACUCGUCUUCUCAACAUGUCUGAUUUUCGUGACAGUUCAAAAUCUGAUUCUUGGGACUUCUCUGCAUUUGUGAGGACAUAUUCGUUAUAUCUAGAUGAAAGGCUCGAGUACAAGAUGCAAAGCCGGCGUGGAAAGCGUAGCAUGUUUGGUUUUGACGAAGAGGAGGAGGAAAGGGAAAGAGAAAAAGAAAUGGAAAUGGAAAGGGAAAAGGACAAGGAUAGAGAAGUAAGAUCCCCACCAGCGCGUGAAAUGACGUCAGAACAAAUUUUUUCCAAAAUGCAGCAUUUGCAAUUGCUGCUUGAGCGCUUUUUAGCAUGUCGUCCCACAGGGGUAGCAAAGAACCAUAGAAUUGUGAUAGUUGCUCUUUAUCCAAUUGUCAAGGAGAGUUUUCAAAUAUAUUAUGACAUAUCAGAAAUACUAAGCACCUUAAUUGACCGUUUCGCCGAUAUGGAUGUCGCAGACUGUGUUAAGGUAUAUGACAUUUUCUGUCGUGUCGGAAAACAGUUUGAUGAACUAGACCUCUUCUAUGGAUGGUCCAAGAGUAUUGGAAUCGCGCGCUCUUCUGAGUACCCUGAGCUAGACAAGGUCACACCAAAGAAGUUAGAGGUUAUGGAAGAGUUUAUCAAAGAUAAGAACGCCUUAGCACAAAUCAAGAAAGUUGAUGUACAAGAAGAGGAGAAUGAAAUAGAAGAAGCCAAGGAACCUGAAUCCGAACCAGAAGAGGAUUUGAAUGCAGUCAAGGCCCUACCGCCACCAGAAGAACCAGUUGAAGAGGUGGUGGAGGAAGAGCCAAAAGAAGAAGAGCCUAAAGAAGAAAAAAUUGUGCAAACCGAGGGUGAUUUGUUGAAUUUAGGAGAUGAUAGGACACCUGAAGAACAUGGGGACAAACUAGCCUUGGCUUUAUUUGACGGGGCUGCACCAGUAACGGGCGAAGGUGGAGUAAAAGCACUUCCAUGGCAUGCAUUUGAUGAGGGUGCAGACUGGGAAACCGCGCUGAUACAAUCCGCUAGCCACUUAGGGAACCAACAACCUGCAUUAGGUGGAGGGUUUGAUACCUUAUUGUUGAAUGGGAUGUAUAAACAAGCAGAAAUGAAUGCAGCCAUGCAAGGAGUAGGAUUUGGUGGUAGUGGAAGUGCUAGCAGUGUUGCACUUGGUUCAGCUGGAAGACCUGCAAUGCUAGCAUUGCCGGCACCACCAACAUCAGGAACUGCAAGUGAUUCUACUUCAGGAUACAUAGAUCCAUUUGCAGCUUCAUUGGCUAUUGCACCACCGUCUUAUGUUCAAAUGUCAGAGAUGGAGAAGAAGCAAAGGUUAUUAGUUCAAGAACAGAACCUUUGGCAACAAUAUGAAAACGAUCGCAGACAAGGACAUGCUGCACUCAAAAACCAACAUGGUAACAAUAACUCUUAUGGGGGAGGGUAUCCACAAAACUAUGGCAAUUAUCAUCGUUGA